GUAAACGUGUAAGUGCCAGAGUAGAUUUAUUAAAAUUAUUUAUUUUUAUUUUUUUUAUGGGUUGGUUAGGUGUUGACGGAAGAGGUGGGUCCGUUUUUUUGAAGAUGGUGAGAGAUUCUGCGGUCCGGAUUGAGGUUCAUUCCACCACUGAGGAACAGUUAGUUUGAAUGUUCUUGAAAGGGACCUUGCGCCACGCUGAGUUGGAACUGCUAAAAGUCGGUCGCUAAUCGAUCGCAGAUUGAGUGAGGGAACGUAAGCCUUCAGGAGAGAGUUGAGGAAGUUGCAAUACUGGACAUUUAUCAUUUAGAAGGACAUCUGAGGUAAAGGAUUUUCAGACACAGAAGCCUAAGAAAAGAAGCAAAAACCUACUAUCUGUUACCUCCUGUCGUGUUUGAUUUCGACCAAAGACAUUAAGAUGGAGUUCAUGCCUUCAAGGUUGGCAAAGGAAGCACCCUAUUUUAUCAAGUCUUUGCUUACUGAAACAUUUUACUGAGCAUGCCACCCAUCUUCUGGACCAUUGCAGUCUCAUCAUUGCUUUUAAUGGUCAGAGCCGCAGUUCAGAUAAAUGUAGACAAAAAUGUCCAGCUCUGUUCCUUUAGAAGGGACAAAUCAAAGGACCUUACCAACAGCAACCUGAACAGGAUACCAUCAGACUUGCCAGAUGACAUUGAAAACUUAGAUGUCUCUGAAAACAACAUUUCUAGUAUCAUCCAUGCUGACCUGUACAGACUCACUCGCCUCUGUUUCCUCAAGAUCACCAGCUGUGGCCUUCAAUUCAUCUCCCCUGAUGCCUUUUAUAAUAACGCAGAGCUCAAGGUUCUCAACAUCUCCUACAACCUACUGACCGUUAUUCCCUACUUGCCUCUUCCACAACUUAGGAUCUUAGACCUUUCCGGCAAUGAUUACGACAGCUAUACUCUUCCAGCUUUUUUCAGUAACUUGACAUAUCUUUCUACCUUGGCAAUAGGAAGUCCAAAAGUAACGUCAGUUAAAAUCGAUGAUUUGGCACCACUUCAAAAUACACAUUUAAAACAAUUCACAUUUGGAGGUGGCACUGAGAUACAAAAAUAUGAAAAUGGUUCAUUUGCCCAACUUAAAUCAUUGGAGGAAGUGUCUCUGAGAGUGACUUUUUGUCACAACUUUGAUAUUUUCAAAACCAUGUUGAUGGACCUUGACCAAACACAUACGAAGAGAAUCAGGCUAAUCAAGCUCUUUCCAGAUCAGUGUACAAUUUCAAGUGAUCCUUUCGAGGGCCUUGAGAAACUCCAUGUACUCUCCAACUUCACCAUUGUGGACACCUUGAUUAACAGCUCUGUCAUGGUGAAACUCCUCCAAAAUAUCUGGAAAUCAUUUUUUGAGGAACUUGAAUUUCUGAACAUAACUUAUAAUGAAGAUACUCCAUAUGGGUUUCAAUUCCCCAGUCAGAACCAUACACUCAGUUUACGAGCAGUUGUUUUUAACGGUGUGAACCACUAUCAAUAUCAGUAUCCUACAGUCAACAUGAGCAUGGACUUGAUUUCUCAGCUGACUUACUUGAAGUUCUCUGGUACGGGAAUGAAUAUUCUUCCAUGCAAUCUCAUUUCAGCUAUACCAUCACUGCAAAUUUUGGACCUGUCAAACAACCUUUUGGAUGAUACAGGAUUCUGGUGGUAUUUGUGCUCAUUUGAGAGUGUGUUUCCAGCUUUGAGACAGCUUUCGUUAAGCAACAAUCGUUUUUCUGACCUAGCGUAUAUUUCUAAGCGGACUCAUGAAAUGAAGGUUUUAAUGUCCCUUGACUUGAGUUUUAACUCCAUUCAGAUUGGGGGUCCAUGCUCCUGGCCCUCACACCUCACUGAACUGAAUCUCAGCCAUAACAACUUGGGCGACUCUGUUUUUCAAUACCUGUCCCAUCAUUUCCAAAAGAUCGACCUCUCCAAAACAGGCAUAAGCGUCAUCUCCCAAGAUGUCCUCUCACAGUUCCCCAGACUCACACACCUCUUCCUGAGCUUUAACAGCAUACAUCUCAUCCCCUCGGAUCUUCAUGCACCUGUGCUGCAAACCUUUUACGUUGAUCAGAAUUCCAUCACGUCCAUUGACCAGGCUGCGCUCGAGGGCCUCCCCAGCCUGCAGACUUUAAAAGCAGGUAACAAUCCAUUUGUCUGUGAUUGUGACUCUUUUUGGUUUGUAACCAUGUUGAACAAGGCUCUUCUUCCUGAUUGGCCAUUAGAAUACACAUGCAGUUCUCCACCAUUACUAGCAGGAAAGUACUUAGACACAUACAAACCAGGAAAACUUUCCUGUCUACCAGGACUCCAAGCAGCAGUGGCUCUACCAGUAAUUAUUGUUAUUACAGCUGCUUUGGGCAUCAUUUUCUAUGCAUGUGAUGGCAUCUGGUACACGAAAAUGCUCUGGGUAUGGAUAAGAGUGAAGCGUCGGAGCACCAGACAGGCAAAUAAAUCGAAGAACAGCACCUUUCUUUACCAUGCAUUCAUCUCCUACAGCCAUCAUGAUUGCACCUGGGUGGAUUCUGAACUAGUCCCAGCUUUGGAGAGCGCAGGGUUGUCCAUCUGCAUUCACGAGAGAGACUUUGUACCUGGCCAAUGGAUUGUGGACAAUAUCAUUAGUUGUGUGGAAAGCAGCUACAAAACAAUCUUUAUCCUGUCAAAGCACUUUGUUCAGAGUGAAUGGUGCAACUAUGAGCUCUUUUUCGCUCAGCACAGAGCGAUUAGUGUAAGGGAUGACUCGCUGGUCUUCAUUCUGUUGGAGCCCAUUCCAUCUGACUCUCUGCCUAAAAAGUUCCUGAGGCUAAGCACCAUGCUAAGACAGAAAACCUAUCUGGAGUGGCCAAAAGAUGAAACCAAGAAAAAAGUCUUUUGGUCUAGUCUCAGGUCCAUCUUGCAGACUGCAGACAAGCGUAUGGUGCUGAAAGAAAUUGCUUGUGACAUAGCUGAAAAUACUCUUUUAUUGAAUGCUCAACAGUAAAGUUUCCUACAAAAUGGAAGUUUACUUUUGUACCAAUGGUAGCUGCAGGACAAUCAAAAACAUCAAAACAAUUAAAACAGCAUUUCCCUAGGUGUUUUAUUCUUCUUAUACCACAGUAAUUUGGCAAUAAUUACAUGCUUUAAUUAAUUAAACAACACAUACUUUUUAUUGGUUUACAGUUACAUUGAAUAAUGGAAUGUGGACACACAAGUGAAUGUGAAUGUUGACAAACAAGAUAUUAACUAUUAUCACUCACAUUAUAGCAGCUAUAAACAGUAGUUCCCUCACCAGCCUCAUCAACCUUUUUUUCUCUUUGUUGAAUUUAAUAAGACAAAACAGUAUAAGACGUGUAGCAGCUUCUUAGGUUACAGAGAAAGUACAGACUUAACGUGUCAGAAAACUUAAAUUUACAGUUUCACCUCUGACUUUUAUAAAGCCCUGACCCUGGAGACUUCUUCCAAAAUUCUAAUUAAUCAUCACCUGACAGAAAACUUCACCAUAUAAACAUUUACACACAUUGAUCUGUUUAUGCAGAGCAUCUGUCAUACAAGUCAUAAAUUGCCUUGAUUAUACAAAUAUGCUUAUUUACUGUAUAAAAUUGACAUACAAGUGAGUGUGUAGUUUGACUCUGUCUCCAUCUACUGUUAAAUAGUAUUUGCUUCAAAUUUCAGUGUAUAUUAUGCAUUGUUGUUAUUUUUCUUUUAUUGCAUUUUAUUUGAUUUUAUAGUAAUAUAGUGGACAUUUAUAUUUACAUUACAUUUAUUCAUUCAGCAGACGCUUUUAUCCAAAGUGACUUACAAAUGAGGAAGUACAAGCAAAGCGAAGAACAAUACAAAUAGUGCUACCAUGCAAUAUUUAUAAUCGAGUUUUAGAGGAGCAAGGUUACAGAGUAGAGAUGUAAGAGCCAGUGUAAGUGCAGACUUUAUUUAUUUAUUCAUUUUUAAA